AUGAAUCGUAAAAGGCCGCGGUCUCCGGCCGGGGUGCAGUACUGGCUGAUGAAGUCCGAGCCUAAUAAGUUUUCGAUUGACGACCUGAAGAAAUGCACCCGCUCCCCGUGGGACGGGGUUCGGAAUUAUGCUGCUCGGAACAACAUGAAGUUGAUGAAGGUUGGAGAUUGUGUACUGUUCUACCACAGUAACGCGAAGCCCUCUGGUGUAGUGGGACUUGCCUCCGUUGUAAAGACUGCAUACCCCGACCACACGGCGUUGGACCCGAAAUCAGAAUAUUACGAUGCAAGAGCAAGCAAGAAGAACCCGUGGGAAAUGGUCGAUGUGCAAUUUGAGGAAAAGUUUGCUUCAAUUGUUUCCCUCGAGGAACUAAAGAAGGAGAAAAAGCUGCAGGCGAUGCAGCUAUUUUCGCAGUCAAGGUUGAGUGUGCAGCCCGUCGAGAAGAGUGAAUACGAUCAUGUUGUAUCGCUUGGGCGAAAAAAAUAA